AUGCCACAUCAUGCCACCUCACACCUCGCCACAUCACAUCACGCCACAUCACACCUCACCACGCCACACCUCACCACAUCUCACCACACCACAUCUCACCACGCCACCUCACACAUCACACCUCGCUACAUCACGCCACAUCACACCUCGCCACGCCACAUCACACCUAGCCAUGCCACAUCGCACCUCGCCACGCCACACCUCGCCAUGCCACAUCAUGCCACCUCACACAUCGCCACAUCACAUACACCUCACCAUGCCACACCUCACCUCACCACGCCACCUCACACCUCGCCACAUCACAUCACACCUCACCACAUCACACCUCACCACGCCACCUCACACCUCGCCACAUCACACCUCGCUACAUCACGCCACAUCACACCUCGCCACGCCACAUCACAUCAUACCAUGCCACCUCACACCCCGCCACAUUACACCUCGCCACAUCACACCUCGCUACAUCACGCCACAUCACACCCUCGCCACGCCACAUCACAUCACACCUCGCCACAUCAUACCAUGCCACCUCACACCCCGCCACAUUACACCUCGCCACAUCACAUCACUUCACACCACACUCGCCACAUCACACCAUGCCUCGCCACACCACAUCACACCUCGCACACCACAGCUCGCCACAUCACACCACACCUCGCCCACACCACAUCGCAUCACACCUCAUCACAUCACAGCUCGCCACAUCACGCCACACCUCGCAAGCCACAUCACACCAUGCCUCGCCACACCACAUCACACCUCGCUACACCACGCCACACCUCAUCAAGCUCGCCCACACCACAUCACACCUCGCCACACCAUAGCAGAUCAGAGCACACGAGACCACAACACAGCAGAGCACGCCAAACCACACAGACUAAUUAG